UUCUAUGUCUCUCUUUGUAUGUGUGUGUGAGCUUUCUGUUGGAGCGCGUACAGCCAGGCGAAACAUUCAAACGAAACUAUUUUCGCGGCAACUGCAGGAUUCGGAUUUAAUGCGUAUUUUGCUCCAGAGUCAACAACAAUUGCUGGCAAUUUGUUUUUGUCGGCAACCCUAAGAAGGCGACCGUUCCGCACUCUCAGGACACACGCACGCACACACAAAUCGAUGCGAAAUUCCAGUGAAAUCGAAAAAUCGAAAGUAAAGUCCUUUAAAUGUCAAGGGCAACAAAUGAAGAGCACGGGCCAUAACAAACGGAACGUACGAAAAGAAGCGCGAGAAGGAAAGGAAAAGGAAAAGAGAGCAACAAUUAAUUAAAUUCAUUUCAAAAGAGUAAGCAACGUCAGACAUGUCCCAUCCGGCUCAUGAAAGGCCGCCCAACAAUGCCUCCGCCCAAGCCACAUCCUACUCAUCCUCGUCGUCGUCGUCGUCGUCGACGUCCUCUUCGCCCGUGUUCCUGACAGUGCCGCCCGCAGGCACAGCCACCGCCUCAUCCUCAGGAUCAGGAUCAUUUGGAUCAGCGACGCACAAGGAUAAAGUUGGUCUACCUCCCGUUUACCUAACCCUCAAUGAUCAUGCGAGCAAGCUGGAGCAGAUGCACUCAUCCUCCGGAAUCGGGUCCGGAUCAGGAUCCUGGGAUGAGCACCGCACCGCCGAUGUCUGGCUCUCUUCACUGCACAGCGUCAUCUUCAUCAUUACGUGCGCCCUGGCCGUGUUCAUACUCUUUCGCAACGUUCUCACCUGGCAUCUGCAGAGCUUUUGGGGCGCCUCCGGUGACUUUUGGCAAUCGCAGUGGGACAAAUUCAUCGAUUCGUUUGGAGAUGAACCCAUGGUCCUCUGGGUCUUUGGCACCACUAUAUUCACGAUGAUCGUCUACUGGACUGUUGGCACAAUCUACACAUUCAUGGACCUGACAAACCGGCCGGCCUGUCUGCGGAAAUACAAGAUCCAGCCGGGGACCAAUGAGCCCGUUGAGGCGCGACGUCUGAUGAAGGUCAUUUGGUGUGUGAUCUUCAAUCAGAUAUUUGUGGGCAUACCACUGGCAUAUGGGAGCUAUCGGCUGAUGGAGAUCCGUGGGUUAAGUGACAUUCGGGACCUUCCCACGUUCCACUGGGUCUGCUUCGAGCUGACCGUCUGCAUACUGAUGGAGGAGCUGGGAUUCUACUACUCGCACCGCCUGCUGCACCACAAGUUUAUUUACAAGUAUAUCCACAAGCAGCACCACGAGUGGACGGCCCCCAUCUCGGUGACGGCCAUCUAUUGCCAUCCCGUCGAGCACAUCUUCAGCAACCUGCUGCCCCCCUUCCUGGGCGUAUUUCUCAUGGGCAGCCACGUGGCCACCGCCUGGCUCUGGUUCGCCCUGGCCAUUCUGUCCACUCUGAAUGCCCAUUCCGGCUACCAUUUGCCCUUCUUCCCCAGCCCCGAGGCCCACGAUUUUCACCAUCUCAAAUUCAGCAACUGCUUUGGGGUUCUGGGAGUGCUUGACCGCCUGCAUGGCACCGACUCACUGUUCCGGGCCACCAAAUCCUACGCUCGCCACAUUAUGAUGCUCAGCUUCAAGCCGCCGCGUGACGCCUUUCCCGACUCCACCAUGAAAUGAAUAGGAGGAAGGCCAGUCACAGCCACAGACACAGAGACACGCGUUUCUGCAUUAAUCAGCAUUCCUCUACACAAAAACAAUUUCUGUGUAUACAAAUCUCAUUGUGAUAUAAGCAGACAGAUGCCCUGAUCUGAUCCUAUAUUUUGUACACACUUGUACACACGUACACAUCUGCACACACAUCAUGUUCUCAUUAUGAUCCCUCGUCCAACCUUAGCAGCACCUGCACUCGCUCGUCCAACGAAGGCGACCCCACCACCACGACCCAUUCAGAUGUUAAUCGAAAUAUAUAUGAACCCUAAAUGUAAAUGUAACUCAAAGAUAAGUAUUCUUAUUGCCGAUACUCCCUACAGCUAUCAAAUAGCCAGUUAUCAAAUUGCCCAGCAUUAGCCCCAUCCAUAUUGUCUACCUGUCGGUCCUAGUCUGCACGAUAUUCGGUCAGAUCAGGAAACAUUCCAACUGGUUUGGUUCUCUUUUAAAUUCUUUUUCAAACAUAUCUGCAUCUUCGGAUAUUCGUUUGGGGGUAGGGUUACAAUCUCCAACAGUCUACAGAUAUUAGCCAGCUAUUAUGUUUUUUGGUUAAACAAUUGUAAGCGUACUUUAUGUAUGGAUAAUUAAGAUAUUUAACAACUAAAUACUAUAUAGAUCAUAUAUGCAGGGCCAUUCCAUUAGGGCGUGCCACAGAUCGAGGGCGGGAAAGGGAAGAGGGAGGUGGGAUAGGGAUAGUAGGGGGAAUCUCAAGAAAUUCAUUAUAGGAUAUUGCAAAAAAA